AUGUAUUGGUCAAAAAUAAAAACUUAUGGGAAAUCGCCCCGAGCACUAAGAGCGCACACUGUCAACUUAGUAGGAGAAUUAAUGUUUGUCUUUGGGGGUUGUGACGCAAAAACGUGUUACAACUCCGUUUUCAUAUUUGAUGCAGAUACAAUGUAUUGGAAUAAGGCUCGAACUAUAGGUGAGCCACCGUCAUCGUGCCGUGCACAUUCUUCUACACUGGUCGACAAAAAGUUGUUCAUCUUUGGGGGUGGGGAUGGGCCCACGUAUUUUAAUGACCUGUAUAUUUUUGAUACGGAUACACUAACAUGGUCUAAGCCCCAAACAACCGGUGAUAUUCCAUCACCACGCCGUGCGCAUACUUCAGCUUAUUAUAACAAUAACCUAUAUAUAUUUGGUGGUGGUGAUGGUGUACGCGCCCUUAACGAUGUUUACACGCUAGAUAUAACAGACUUAAAUAAUCUAUCGUGGAAGAAACUAGAAUCAAAAGGGACACCCCCAAUUUCCCGUGGAUAUCACACUAGUAAUCUUGUGGGAAGCAAGUUAGUUGUAUAUGGUGGAAGUGACGGCCACGAGUGUUUUGGUGACGUUUACAUGCUGGAUUUGGAUGAAAAUACGUGGAUCCCAGUCUCGGUUGAAACCUCUUGUCCUCGACUUUCUCACACAGCCACACAAGUUGGCUCUUAUUUAUUUGUGGUUUGUGGGCAUGACGGAACGCGGUACACCGCGGAGGUUCUGUUGUUGAACCUUGUAACGAUGGAAUGGGAAAGUCGCAGAGUUUAUGGGACACCACCAUCAGGUAGAGGAUAUCAUACAACUGUGUUGUAUGAUUCUCGCCUAUUUGUUUUUGGUGGUUAUGAUGGCCACUCGGUCUUUGACGAUAUAUUCGUCUUAGACUUAUCUGCGUGCGCAUAUUUGCCGCAGAUAACGAACUUCCAACUUCCGGACUAUAAAAAACAAAAAGUGUAA